AUGUUCACAUUUCUCUUCACUGUUACUGUCUCACUGCUCUGUGCUGCAGGUCUUGUUGAGGGGAGUGAAGUCACUCAGACACCCACCAUACUCUGGGAACUGAAAGACAGGGAUGCUCAGAUGAACUGCAGUCACACUAAGGGUCUAAGCUACUACCAGAUGUACUGGUACAGACAGCUUCCAGGAGAGGGAAUGAAGCAGGUAGCCUUCACUACUCCCAAUUCCAAACCUGAGUAUUCAGGGGAUUUCAGUGAAGACAAAUUCUCAGCCAACAAGACUGUAGCUGAGAGGGGAUCUUUCACAGUGAAGAAGUUGGAGGCAGGAGACAGUGGAAUGUACUUCUGUGCUGUGAGUGAACACAGUGAUACAGACAACAACCGCUGUCCUUUCCGUCAGCACAUUCCCAGCAAGCCGGCGAAAUACGGCAUAAAGUCAUGGGUGGCCUGCGACGCCAAGUCCAGCUACGCUCGGAAGAUGCAAGUGGACACCGGCAAGGCGGCCAGCGGUGUCCCCGAGAAGAACCAGGGGAUGCGCGUCGUCCUCGAUCUGACAACGGGACUGAGUGGUCACAAUGUCACCUGUGACAAUUUCUUCACCUCCUACGAACUGGGCCAGCGGCUCCUCGAGAGGAACCUCACCAUAGUGGGCACGGUGCGAAAGAACAAGGCCGAGCUCCCGCCGGCGCUGCUCGAGUCAAAGGGCAGGCAGGUCCUGUCCUCCAGAAAAAGAUUGAACGUGCUACUUCUGAGCACGCUGCACACAGAGGCCGAGGUCAGCGAUCGCCGCGACAGGAAGCCGGCUGUCAUCCUAUACUACAACUGCAACAAGGGCGGCGUGGACAACCUAGACAAGGUGGUCGGGACCUACAGACGGAUGACUGCCCGCUGGCCCCUGGUCAUCUUCCACAACAUCCUCGACGUGUCUUCUUACAACGCCUUUGUCAUAUGGCGAGAGAUCAAACCUGACUGGAUGCCUCGGAAGCGAAAAAGGAGGAGAGAGUGUUGUGACAGGUGCGGCGUCAGCACUUGUCAAAGUCCUACAGAGUGCUACAGCUCGCCAACAACCCGAGGAGCCCGCCGCUGGCCCGGCCGAUACCCCGGCCACCGGGGCAAGUAA